GACCCACCGCCGAACCUGCCUCGUCAACAACCUCCUCACCAUCUCCAGCUACCCCCGAACCUCGACCGCCACCAGGACCCACUGCUGAACCUGCUAGCAGUACCACAUCAUCUCCAUCUCCAGCCACCCCUGAACCUCGACCCCCACCAGGACCGACCGCCGAACCUCCCAGCUCAACCACCUCUUCACCCUCACCAGCAACCCCUGAACCUCGACCUCCAUCAGGACCAACAGCAGAGCCUCCCACUUCAACCACCUCCUCACCAUCACCAGCCACUCCCGAACCUCGACCACCGGAAACCCCUUCAACUCAAGAGACAACCACUUCCGUCUCCCAGCCAGCCACCCCUGAACCUCGACCUCCAGAAACUCCUUCAACUAUUGAAACAACCACUUCCGUCUCCCAGCCAGCCACCCCUGAACCUCGACCUCCAGAAACUCCUUCAACUAUUGAAACAACCACUUCCGUCUCCCAGCCAGCCACCCCUGAACCUCGACCUCCAGAAACUCCUUCAACUAUUGAAACAACCACUUCCGUCUCCCAGCCAGCCACCCCUGAACCUCGACCUCCGGAAACGCCUUCCACAGUCGAAACCACAACUUCCGUUUCCCAACCAGCAACCCCUGAAAUACGAACUCCCGACACACCGGCCACGCCUCCGGAAACCAGCACCGUCAAUCCAGUGACCGUCCCCGACCAGGUGAACCCCGGCGAAUCGUCAAAGGACCCGGUCAAUCCGCAGCCCACCCGGGACCCGAUCAAUGAGAAUCGCAACAGCAAAGACCCGGAGAAUGGCGCCAUCACCGGAGAGCCGAAACUAUUCAUGUGUCCUACGAUUAACUGUCUCGGACCUGAUUCAACAGAUGAUGACGACUACUACCCAGAUGAUAGUUUGAUUGAAUUUCCCACCUUUCCAUCGCCUUUUGAGCCGCCGCCUAAAUCAAAUUACUGGCAAACUUAUGUUCCAAGAAACGUUCCAAAUUAUCAGCCGAACUAUUACCCGAAUUAUCAGCCAAAAUAUCCGCAAAACUAUCAACCAAAAUAUCCGCAAAACUAUCAACCAAAAUAUCAGCCCAAGUAUCAGCCAAAUUAUUUGCCAAAUUAUCCGUCAAACUAUCCGCCAAAAUAUCAGCCAAAUUCCUACAAUUACAAAACACCCUCUCCGCCAAUUUUAACACCAACACCACCACCACCUAAACUGCUGAUCACCUCAACAAAGUAUCCAAAAGCUUUCGAAACCAGAACAAAAAAGCCGAGAAAAAUGACUACACAUUUUACUACAACUACUACAACUACUACAACAACAAAACUUCCAAGAACAGCUCCGCCAAACAAAGUUUUACCUCCAUCACCAUCACCACCACCAAAACCAAAAACUAAAGUAAUCAACGUCAAUGGCGGCGAGGACUUUGGCGACAAAAUGGUGAAGGUCAACUGGAACAGGAACAUGAUCUUGGAGCGAGAGACAGACCAACUCCAGCAAGAUCAACAAUAG